GUGCUGCCGGUGUUGAGGUCCGAGUUGACUCACGAGUCACGAAGAAGGAGGCCGAGUCGUCACUCAUUGUCUUCUACUCUUCUUCUUCUUCGUCUUCUUCACAUUCAAUCUUUCAACCUUGAAGCUUGAAGCUUGUCCAUGCAAUGAUCCACCACACCAAAUCCCACUGAGAUUCAAAUCCUCCAAUCACCCUAUUCACCUUCCAUCGCAACAAUGAUGAACCACCACGAUUUCCAACAAGACCCCGACGACGACGACGGCGUCAUGGAAUCCCUCCUCCUCCACGACGAACCCUCCAACCCCCUUCAACCUCCCCCAAACCCUAACCCAAACCCUAAACCCGAUCACCACCACCCCUUACUCCCCUCCACCCAAUCCCCCAAAUCCCCCACCACCUUCAACUCCUUCCUCGACCCUCCCUCCUAUGCUGAAGCCAUCUUCACUUCAUUCGAUUCUUCUUCUUCCUCCUCCUCCAACGGCACCAACCACAGUCACCACCACAACCGUAACACUUUAACCGAUGAACUCCCCUCCCGAUCCGGAUCCGGAUCUGUUUCCGAUUAUCUCUAUAUCUUCGUCUCUGACCCUCAGAAGGAGCAGGAAACCUCCGCCUCCCUCGUCCCCGGCGCUGCCACCACCUUCUACACUUACCUCAUCACCACCCGUACUGACCUCCCUGAAUUCGGCAGCUCCACAUCCGAAUUCGCCGUCCGCCGCCGCUUCCGUGACGUCGUUACUCUUUCCGAUCGCCUCGCCGAGUCUUACCGCGGUUACUUUGUACCUGUCCGGCCCGACAAGAGCACAGUUGAGAGUCAGGUGAUGCAGAAGCAGGAGUUUGUGGAGCAGAGGAGGGCGGCUGUGGAGAAGUACCUAAGGAAACUGGCUGCACACCCGGUAAUCCGUCGGAGUGAGGAGCUGAGGCUGUUCUUGGAGGCAAAGGGAAGGCUGCCGCUGCAGAAGAGCACCGAUGUGGCAUCACGGAUGCUUGAUGGGGCAGUGAAGUUGCCAAAGCAGCUGUUUGGGAGUGAAGUUGCUACUGCAGGAGAAUUGAGCGAGGUGGUGCAGCCUGCAAAGGGUGGGAGGGACUUGCUUAGGAUUUUUAAGGAGCUGAAACAGUCUGUUACGAAUGAUUGGGGUGGGAGCAAGCCUUUGGUUGUGGAGGAGGAUAAGGAGUUCUUGGAAAGGAAGGAAAAGUUGGUAGAGUUUGAGCAACAACUUAGCGGUGUUUCUCAGCAGGCUGAGUCUCUUGUGAAGCAUCAGCAGGACAUGGGCGAGACAAUGGGUGAACUAGGGUUGGCUUUUGUAAAACUUACCAAAUUUGAGACAGAAGAAGCUAUAUUUGAUUCACAGAGAACAAGGGCAUCUGACAUGAGGAACGUGGCAACUGCAGCUGUUAAAGCAAGCAGGUUAUAUAGAGAGCUUAACACACAAACAAUUAAACAUUUGGAUAAACUACAUGAAUACCUUGGGACAAUGCUGGCAGUCAACAAUGCAUUUGCUGACCGGGCAAGUGCAUUAUUGACUGUUCAAACGCUCUCAUCAGAACUAGCUUCUUUAAAUUCAAGGAUUGAGAAGCUUGAAGUUGCUUCAUCAAAAAUAUUUGGAGGUGACAAAUCUAGGAUGCGAAAAAUUGAAGAGUUGAAAGAAGCCAUUAGAGUUACUGAGAAUGCCAAAACAUGUGCAGAUAGCGAGUACGAACGAAUAAAGGAAAAUAAUAGGAGCGAGCUUGAAAGAAUCAACAAAGAGAGGCAUGAUGACUUCUUAAGCAUGCUGCGAGGAUUUGUCGUUAAUCAAGCUGGCUAUGCGGAGAAGAUGGCGGCUGUGUGGGAGAAGCUUGCAGAAGAGACCACUGCAUACUCCAAAGAAGCAGCUGAAUUGUAGUUUUUGCUGUACAUUUUUGUUUAUUUGAUUUCUAGUUUAGAACAAACAUUUUACACGGCAAACUUAGUUUUAACUUUUAAGUCUCAACUAUUUAAUUUCUAACUAAUCAGAGUUGUAUAUGCAUCUUCUUUUACUUUAGCUUUCGGAUUGAAUGUUUUACUGUCAAGUAUUUGGAUAAGUUCUAUUUAAUACAUGCAAAUAUUUCCAUUCGAGUCCUGUU